UUUGGGCUUUCUACGGGGAGAGAGAAGUGUUGCUGGCAGUGCUGGGAGGGUUCUAGUUGAUGUUGUUGCUCCUGGGCCGCAGGCUUUCGCUGUCAUUCGUAUACAGACUCACCACCUGCUGUCCACCAUCACUGUCGAGUUCUGUACUAAUAAAACUCAGAGCGAUAACUAGAGUCCCACACAACACCGUCUUCGUUAUCGCAGCCAGACAAAACACAGUAAUCAUGCCCGAGAGGAGGCCCUUCGUACGGUUACCAACUGACGUUUACCCCGUCAACUAUGGCUUGUGUCUGAAGCCCGACCUGAUCGACUUCACUUUUGAAGGCAAGCUGGAGGCUGUGGUGGAGGUUACACAAGCCACUAAUCAGAUUGUGAUGAACUGUGCUGACAUCGACAUCAUCACAGCUUCCUUUGUACCACAGGGAGGAGAAGAAAUUAAUGCCACAGGAUUCAACUAUCAAAAUGAGGAUGAGAAAGUCACCCUGUCGUUUCCUAGCUCUUUACAGAAAGGCUCUGGCUCGUUGAAGAUAGACUUUGUCGGGGAGCUGAAUGACAAAAUGAAGGGAUUCUAUAGGAGUAAAUAUACAUCCACUACUGGAGAGAUCCGCUACGCUGCUGUCACACAGUUUGAGGCCACGGAUGCUCGCAGAGCUUUCCCCUGUUGGGAUGAGCCAGCUAUAAAAGCCACCUUUGACAUCUCUUUGAUAGUUCCCAAGGACAGAGUCACCUUGUCAAAUAUGAAUGUCAUCGAACGAAAGCCAUAUCCAGAGGAUGAAAACCUUGUGGAAGUGAAGUUUGCCACCACGCCCAUCAUGUCCACGUACCUUGUAGCUUUUGUCAUCGGUGAAUAUGACUUUGUGGAGAGCCAAUCGUCAGACGGUAUAACGGUACGCGUCUACACGCCUGUCGGGAAGGCAGAACAAGGGAAAUUUGCACUGGAGGUUGCGACUAAGACCUUACCUUUCUACAAAGACUACUUCAAUGUUCCUUAUCCAUUGCCUAAAAUCGAUCUCAUAGCUAUUGCUGAUUUUGCUGCUGGUGCCAUGGAAAACUGGGGCCUUGUUACCUACAGGUGUGUACAGGAAUGGUGGACCCAUCUGUGGCUUAAUGAGGGAUUUGCAUCUUGGAUCGAGUAUCUGUGUGUGGAUCACUGCUUCCCAGAGUACGACAUCUGGACCCAGUUUGUCUCAGCCGACUACACCCGCGCUCUGGAACUGGACGCGCUGGACAGCAGCCAUCCCAUAGAGGUGAACGUGGGCCAUCCGUCAGAGGUAGAUGAGAUCUUUGACGCCAUCUCCUACAGCAAAGGAGCGUCUGUGAUCCGCAUGCUGCACCACUACACGGGAGACGAGGACUUUAGGAAAGGAAUGAACGCCUAUCUUUUGAAGUUCCAACACAAAAACGCUUCGACGGAGGACCUAUGGGACUGUCUGGAACAGGCCAGUGGAAAGCCAAUCGCUGCAGUGAUGAGCUCGUGGACCAAGCAGAUGGGCUUCCCGAUAAUAGAAGUGGACCAGGAGCAGCAAGGUGAUGACCGCAUUCUCAAGAUAUCUCAGAAGAAGUUCUGUGCCAGCGGACCACAUGAUGGUGAGGAUUGCCCCAGCUGGAUGGUCCCCAUUAGUGUUUGUACCAGCGAUGACCCCAAAUGCACCAAGCUCAAGGUUCUGCUGGACAGACCCGAUACGACCAUCACCCUGAGCGGCGUCGCCCCCGACCAGUGGGUCAAGAUUAACCCCGGCACUGUGGGCUUCUAUCGCAUCCAGUACAGCUCGUCCAUGCUGGAGAGCCUGCUACCCGGCGUCCGAGACCUCACCCUGCAGCCUGUGGACCGACUCGGCCUGCAGAACGACCUCUUCUCCCUGUCUCGCGCAGGGAUGAUCAGCACGGUGGAGGUGCUGAAGCUGAUGGAGGCGUUUGUCAACGAGCCCAACUACACGGUGUGGAGCGACCUCAGCUGCAACCUGGGAGUGUUGUCCUCGCUGCUGUCCCACACCGACUUCCACGAGGAGAUCCAGGAGUUCAUCCGGGACCUCUUCACCCCCAUCGGCCUGGAGCUCGGCUGGGACUGCAAACCAGGGGAAGGCCACCUGGACGCCCUGUUGAGAGGUCUGGUUCUGGGGAAGCUGGGGAAGGCAGGACACAAGCCCACACUGGAGGAGGCCCGGCGGAGAUUCAGGGACCACGUGGAGGGAAAGCAGAACCUGCCCGCAGACCUCCGGAGCCCGGUGUACGUAACAGUGCUGAAGCACGGAGACAGUGCCACGUUGGAAACCAUGCUGAAGCUCCACAAACAAGCAGACAUGCAGGAGGAGAAGAACCGUAUCGAGCGAGUGCUGGGCGCCAUCUCUGCCCCCGACCUCAUCCAGAAAGUCCUCAGCUUCGCCCUCUCGGAAGACGUUCGUCCCCAGGACACGGUGUCAGUAAUCGGGGGCGUGGCAGGAAGCAGUAAACAAGGGCGGAAAGCUGCCUGGAAGUUUGUCAGGGACAACUGGGAGGAGCUUUACAACCGUUACCAGGCCGGCUUCCUCAUAUCACGGCUCAUCAAGCUCACAGUUGAUGGAUUUGCAAUCGACAAAAUGGCUGCUGAAGUGAAGAGUUUCUUUGAGAGCCACCCGGCGCCGGCGGCCGAGCGUACGGUGCAGCAGUGCUGCGAGAACAUCCUCCUCAACGUCGCCUGGCUGAAGCGGGACGCCGACGACAUCCAGCAGUAUCUACUGCAGCGCAAAAAGCCCCCGUCUGAGCCGCAGCCCCCCCCCACACCAUCUAUCAUCCACACCUUCACCCCUCUUCCUUCUCUUUCGGGCGCUGUGAUUGGGUGA